AAAGUGUUGGGAGGAGGGGAGAAGAGGGGGAGAGAGUUUUUGAACUUCUGGCUGUGAAAAAACCCCAAAUCCCGGUUUAGACUUUUCAAAAGCCGAUUUAGUAGUCUAACGGGUCCUCCUCCUCUUCGUCUUCUUCAUCUAGACUUACCAAUUCUGCCGAUUUCAGGUUCAUAUAGUGGACUUUGUCCAUAGCAGAUUCUCAUCUGAUUGUUUCUAUCCAACAACUUCUAAUUCAAACAGGAGACAUGGGUCGGAGGUUUUGAUUGCCCAACGUUGGUAUGGACAUAGGAAACAGAGAUCAAACCUGCAAUUGUUACAAAUCAGAGAGGUUGUCCGAGACGAUUUUGGAAUCGACCCAGAUACUAAAUUUCCACGAUAGAUAUAAACUAGGCGAACAAUUGGGAUGGGGACAAUUCGGGAUCAUCAGAGAAUGUGUGGAUAUGUUGACAGGUGAGGUUCUAGCUUGUAAAUCAAUCAAUAAGGACAGGCUGGUGUCACCAGAAGAUGUGAAAAGCGUGAAACUUGAAAUCGAGAUAAUGAGAAAGUUGGCAGGGCAUCCGAAUGUGGUGGAUUUGAAGGCAGUUUACGAAGAGGAGAAUUAUGUACAUCUAGUGAUGGAACUCUGUGCUGGAGGUGAGCUGUUUCAUCAGAUUGAGAAGCAUGGAAGAUUCACGGAGCAUGAGGCUAGGGUUUUAUUUAGACAUCUAAUGCAAGUGAUUGUGUUUUGCCAUGGAAAGGGUAUUGUUCAUAGAGAUUUGAAGCCGGAAAACAUUCUCUUAGUAAAGAAAUCUUCGUCUUCACCUAUUAAAUUGGCAGACUUUGGUCUCGCUACUUAUAUCACACCAGGGCAAAAGCUAAAUGGUACCGUUGGAAGCCCAUUCUAUAUAGCUCCCGAGGUACUGGUGGGCGGUUAUAAUCAGGCAGCCGAUGUGUGGAGUGCUGGAGUUAUCCUUUACAUACUUCUUAGUGGGAUGCCUCCUUUUUGGGGGAAGACGAAAUCUAAGAUCUUUGAUGCUGUUAGAGCUGCCAAUCUUUGGUUUCCAUAUGAUCCUUGGGAUAAUGUAUCAUCCUCUGCCAAGGAUCUAAUAACUGGAAUGCUCUUUCUCGAUCCUUCUAAGAGACUUACUGCCAAUCAAGUUUUAGCUCAUUCUUGGAUUCAAAAUGAAGAAGCAGUGACAAUUGAAGAAUCCUUCAUCAAUAUUCAAUCUUCUAAUACCCAUUUCAUGGAAAGAAGUGAGGAUUACAGCUUCAAAUAUUCAUCACCCGCAAACCUUGGCGAUUCUCCCAUAUUUACAUGCCAGUCCUCGUUUUCAUCUUUCCUGGUCGAGAAUGGGAAUCCUCCUUGUCCUGUAGUAGCAGCCGGAGCCUUUUCUUUCAGCACAUAUCCUGAAGAAUCUAACAAUCUCGAGUUUCCAUCCACAAUUCCCUCAAUGCCAAGCUUUACAUUCUUCACUUCAAGUUCCACAAUCAAACAAGAGAAGAAGAAUAAAAACUCAUUGGAAGGAGAAAUCGCUAAUACAUUUGAUAAACCCGAGCUACUAUUACUACUAGCCGAUAAGAGGUUAGAAAUUCGAAGGGUAGGCGGUUCCAAGAAUUUAGUUGGUAAGCACAACAAGAGAAAUAACACGAUUGGGCUCGGUGAACUAGAUCAGCUUGAUCUAGUAGUGACCGAAUCUGUCAUCCGUUGGGUUUCUUGCACGCACAUUCCUAGCUGUCCGUCUCUCAGAUCGUCACUCGUUUGUUAGAUUGGUAUAUCCGUUUAUAUUCUCUUUUAGAAGUUCUUGUUUUUUAGCUCAUUGAUGUUGAAGCAAUGAUUUAGAGGGGUAUAGUUCUUUCGGAAAAACCCUAGUUUCUAAAGCCACUCACAUGAUGAUUGGCACAUCUCUGUAUAAUAAUUUAUGUUCUUCGAGUAAAAACCCGUUUGUGUUUGUU